AUGAAGGCACUCGUCGCUAACCGCAGCAUCGUCACCCGAGCCACCAAUCUCCUCCUGGGGAAAUCAAUCGGACAGGGAGUCAGUGUCGAAGAAGUUCCGAAGCCCACCGUGGCCGACCGUGAAAUUCUCGUUCACGUGCACGCAACGGCCUUGAAUCCGAUCGAUUUCAAAUUCAUCGACUUCAUCAGCCCUUCGGGCAGUCUUACUGGUUGCGAUUUUGCCGGUGUGGUAGCCGGCGCUGGCCCUGGCGCAGCGGCAAUGUGGCAGGUCGGUGAUCGAGUCGCCGGGUUUGUCCAAGGAGGAAUCGACACAGCGCACGGGUCCUUUGCAGAGUACGUCAAAGCCGAAGCAGAUCUGGUGUGGCGGAUUCCCGAUGGGGUUGACGACACCGAAGCUGCAACCUAUGGCGUCUCGGCAGUGACAGCGAUGCAGGCCCUCAAUCUGCAUCUCAAUGUGCCGUGGCCGGAUCAUGUGGACGGCACAAGCAAGACGGACGACGACGCGACUAUUUUCAUCUAUGCGGGAUCGAGCACCGUGGGCAUCUUCGCCAUUCAGAUCGCCAAAAUGGCCGGGUGGAAGGUCAUAACGACUGCCUCACCACACUCGUUUGACCUGGUCAAGCGCUACGGCGCAGACCACGUGUUUGAUUAUCGAGCUCCCAAUGCAGUGGCAGACAUUGUGGCAGCCUUCCCCAACAUCUCGAAGGCGCUGGACUGCUUUUCCGAGGGCGACUCGACCAGAUUCUGUGGAAAAGUCCUCCAGAAUAGCGGUGGUAAGGUCAUCACACUGCUCGACACAAAGACCAAAGUCUCCGGUGUCGAAGCUCAGAUGGUUAUGUCGUUUCAGCUGCUGGGCAAAGCGUUUAGCUGGCUACCGCCUGUUGGGCCGAAGUAUUCUGUAUCGUUGUCGGAUCGUGAAGCACUUGUGCGCUUCUAUACGAGUUUGUUUAGCUUGGCGAAGGAGAUCAAGGCACCGCCGAUCACUGUACUGGACAACGGAUUCGACGGUGUAAUUGAGGGGUUGAAUCGACUCCGGGCGGGAAAGGUGUCAGGCUCGAAGCUGGUUGUGACGUACUGA